GCUGUCGCUGCUGGCCAUGCUUCGCCCGCUCCGUCCGUACAAGACGUCAUCAGGGAAGUACGUCUUCAAAGAAUUAUCCAAUUAUGUCCUGGCUUGCCUAACAACCCCAGUCAGCAACGCAGUGGUUGAAAGAAUAUUUUCAACGGUGACUAACGUAAAAACAAAGUCAAGAAAUCGCCUUCAUACUGACAUGUUGGAUUCCAUCAUACGAAUUCGCUCGCACCUUCAGUUCCAAAAUAAAUGCUGUAAGGACUUCAAGGUUACAGCUCGCAUGCUGCAACUAUUCAACGCUGCGAACAUGUAUGCCACUCCAAACCAAGAGGAAGAAAUAGAGGAUAUACUGGAAUACUUCAACUAACAACGUCAGUGCCUUACAAAUGGAAACUGAAAAAAAUUGGCCGAUUUGGCCGUGACUUUGGGUGAGAUUUGGCCGUCAACUGCUGUCGGACAUCUGGCAACCCUGGCCCAAGCUACCGCCCCCGGAGGAUCCACCGGCCCGCAGCAGGUCGCGCUCCGCCCCCGGCCCUCCCAACGUGACCUCUCCUGCCGCCGGCCAGUUCCUGCCCUCGCCCGCGCCACCUCGCCUCCAGCAGCGUUCACGCCCCGUUCCUCCAGACUCGAACACGUCCACGUCGACCUCGUUGGCCCACUUCCACACUCCAACGGCUACAAGUACCUCCUCACCUGCGUUGACAGGUUCACACGCUGGCCCGAAGCUGUCCCGGUCGAAGACAUAACGACGGACACCAUCGCCAGAACCUUCGUCAACACCUGGGUGUCGCGCUUUGGUACGCCUCACAUCCGACCGUGGAAGCCAGUUCGAGUCGAACCUGUGGGACAAGGUCAUGUCCAUACUGGGAGUUAAGCGGAUCAGAACCGCCAGCUACCAUCCUCAGUCAAAUGGCCUUGUCGAACGCUUCCACCGCCAACUCAAGGCCUCGCUGGCAGCGACAGUCAAGGACCGCAGCGACUGGACUACGACUCUGCCUCUAGCCCUCCUCGGCAUACGGACGUCCCUCAAAGAAGACUUUGGCCACUCCUCUGCAGAGCUCCUGUACGGCACCACUCUCCGCCUCCCAGGAGAGGUUCUCUCGCCCACCCCUGGCCCUCCCUGCGACAUACAGGACUACGCCAGGAACCGCAAGAACGCAAUGCAGAGACUCCAGCCAGUGCCGCCACGUACAUCACCAUCCAAAACGUUCGUGAGCCAGGACCUCGACACCUGCACACACGUGUUCGUGCGAGUGGACGCCACAAAGAAGCCUCUGCAGCAACCAUACGAUGGCCCCUUCACCGUCAUCAAGAGGACGCGGAAGAAUGUCACCAUUGACCGCCACGGCAAAUCCGAUGUCAUCGCCAUUGACCGGGUCAAGCCCGCGUACCUCCUGCAGCCGGAUCCUUCACCCACCAACACCGUGUCAGUGUCCCCCAGUCCAGUGAUUGCAUACAAACUCCAGUCCCACAAGAAAAAACACGUAACGUUCCUCCUACCUCGUCACUAG